ACUAGAAAUUUUAUAAACAUUUUCAUACUUUGAUAUACUUUCUAUAGCAAUAAUAAUUGAUUACUCGAAUAAUAUUAUUUAUUAAUGAAUGCGGUAGCUGACAUACUUUUCUUAAUCAAAUAUAUUGUGUAUAAAUUGAAAAUAUAUAAUUGUCUAUGUACAUAGUAUUACGUAUAUAGCAUAAAUAUAUAAUUGUCUUUACAUAUAAAUGUAUUAAAAAAUCGACUAUUUAUCCCGAUUUUUCAAAUUUGGCGCUAUCAAUUUAAUGACAUUAUUCCAUAAAAUUAUAUCGUAAACGAAUAUUGUUUAAAAAGUUGCAUUGGAUUACAAUUAGUUAUAAUGUGUAAAAUUAUUAGUGACAAAAAGAUUCAAAUAUCUUUUGUUACAUAAUAUAAGCACUUGUACAAUUUAUUAGCACGAAAUAUUGUAGCGCGUGCGCUGUCGAUGUAUUUUCUUACUCUGUCUUUCUAUCGAGUUAGGGUUUUCCAACUACUGUCUAAAUGCUCACCGGUUUACAUACAUACAUUUAACUAGCCAGUAUGACGCCGGGAAUCGCUACGUCAUGACGGAAUCACUUCCAUACACUAUGUUCUGUCUUUUCUUUUUGUAUUGUGGUAAAAAUCAAGUGAGUGCAAAAUGUGCUCAUAUAAGUUUAUGAAUGAAAAUUCCUCUGAUUAUACUAAAAAAUAGUUUUUAUCAAUGAAACAAAUAUAAGUAAAGCAGUUUUUGUUCUUUAUGAGAAUUCAUUUUUCGAUUUUAUCAGAGUAAAAAGUGUCACACCCUGUGAGAACCAUCGAAGUCCUAAUAACAGGCCAAGGACUAAUAUUUAGUGCACGCGGUAGAAUUGUCUCCCAAUGGUGCGUCUAUCGGGACUCAACGUGAGGAUAAAAAAUAAAAAUGUUAUAAGUAGGUUUUGAAUUGUGGCGUUCAUGAGCAUGAUAGAAAUGAAAAAAAAAAGGCGUUAGUAUUUUUUAUCAUAUUUUAAAGAAGAGGAACAAAAAUUAGAUAACGUAAAUAGCUCAGCAAAUAAGAAAUACAAUUUUGUAAAGUAUCCAAAACACUAUAGCCUUAACUAUAUUAGGUGAAAGAAAAUUGAAGGUAACUGAAAAGAGUUAAAUUAACUGUGAAUAUAAGCUUAGUUACUCAAGUGAACAUGGGCAAGAAAAACAGCAAACUCAAGCAGGACACAAUCGAUAGGCUUACUACAGAUACAUAUUUUACUGAGAAAGAAAUUCGACAGUGGCAUAAGGGGUUUCUCAAGGAUUGUCCUGAUGGUCUUCUAACAGAACAAGGAUUUAUCAAGAUAUACAAACAGUUCUUUCCACAAGGAGAUCCGUCUAAAUUUGCUUCACUUGUGUUCAGAGUUUUUGACGAGAAUAAUGAUGGAACGAUAGAAUUCGAAGAAUUUAUAAGAGCACUUUCAGUCACAUCUCGAGGAAAUCUCGACGAAAAGUUACACUGGGCUUUUCGUUUGUAUGAUGUCGAUAAUGAUGGAUACAUAACACGUGAUGAAAUGUACAACAUCGUAGAUGCAAUAUACCAGAUGGUGGGUCAACAACUGCACGCAGAGGACGAAAAUACACCUCAAAAAAGAGUCGAUAAAAUAUUUGAUCAAAUGGAUAAAAAUCACGACGAUAAACUUACCCUUGAUGAAUUUCGAGAAGGUAGUAAAGCAGACCCGAGAAUUGUUCAAGCUCUUUCACUUGGUGGAGGGGAACCUGGAUAAUAUUGAUUUAAAACUCAAUAAUCACAUUAUAAUAAUUCUUAUAUUAUUUAUUAUCUUUGUUAUUGUUAUCAACGAGCAAUAUUUAAUCAAUUAUUAAUUUCAGAAUUCAAAAAAUUGAGUUUAAAUAUUAUUUCUACUAAUUGAGAAAUAUCAAUCAAACAUUAAUUCUUCUAUGUUCAUUUGUUUCUUUUAUUUUUUCUUAUUAACCAUCGUAUACAUGAAAAAGCUCAAUGAUUUUAACCAAAGAAAAAAUAAAUCGUUAAGAAAAAUACAAAAUAUUCGUCACAAAUGUUAAUUCGGAACGUAAAAGAAAGAAAAACAAUAAAUGUCAUUGUUGACUCAAAAAUUUACGUAGAUAGAUGAUUUAUUUUCGAUAAUUUCAAAUUUAUAUUCUUGACAA